AUGAUCUAUUCGUUUUAUAUUUAUGACAGACAUUGUCAAUGUAUCUAUCACAGACAAUACAACCCUCACGAGGAUCUUAACAAAGCUAACGAUUCAGAUAUUUCAAAAUUGUUAUUUGGUGUUUUAUAUAGUUUGAAAAAUUUAUCAGGUAAAUUAGGUGACAAUGAAGCAUUCAAUAGCCUCAGAUCAUUUUCAACCACCAAUUUCAGGAUUCAUUAUCUAGAGACUUUAUCAAAUUUUAAAUUCAUAUUAAUAUCUGAUAAUUCAAUUGAUAACUUACAAAAUAUCUUAUGGGAAUUAUAUUCAGUUCAUUUCAGAAAUAAUAUAGUUUUGAAUCCCUUGAGUCCCAUAGAUUUUAAUGAAGAGAUCAUUGACAAUGUGAAAUUUGUUCAUCAAACUGAUGAAUAUAUAAAAUCAUUGUCAGUAUUUAAUUAG